AUGGAUUCCAAUUCAUAUACACCGUUUGGAAACUUUGUUGAUCUUCUGAAUAGUCAGCAAGACACUGUCUUUGGUUAUGUCCAAGACAGUGUCAAAGUCUCUUCCUCCCAAGUCCCUGCAGACCGUAAAGAAAGGAGGGUGUGGUCGCCAGUUGAUGAUGUUGCCCUCAUUAGCGCUUGGCAAAACACAAGCAAAGACCCGGUGGUAGCUAACGAGCAAAGAGCUGGUAAGUUCUGGAAAAGGAUUGCUGCAUACUUUGCAGCAAGUCUCAAAGUUGCAGGUUCUGAAACUAGACAGCCACUUCAUUGUAAGCAAAGGUGGCAGAAGAUAAAUGACCAAGUAAACAAAUUUUGUGGGGCGUAUGAAUCAGCAACUAGGGAGAAGAGUAGCGGCCAAAAUGAGAACGAUGUUCUCAAACAUGCGCAUGAGAUCUACUACAACAACCACAAGAAGAAGUUUACUCUUGAGCACGCAUGGAAGGAGUUGAGGAAUGACCAGAAAUGGUGUGAAUUGUGUAGUUCUAAAACCACAGCAAGCGGCAAAAAGAGGAAGUUUGAUGAGAGUGCACAAUCAGCAAGCUCUUACGCGUUUGAAACCACCACUGGUGAAGCUGAGCAAGCAACUAUGCGUCCCCUUGGUGUUAAGGCUUCAAAGCGCCACGGUAAGAAGACGAUGGGAGAUGGUAAGGCGCUGGAUGAGUUGGAGAGUAUGUGGAGGAUCAGGAAGGAAGAUUUGGCUGUCAAAGAGAGGAUGCCAAAGAUGAAGCUACUUGACUCAUUAGUUGGCAAAGCAGAUCUACCCGAGUAUGAAGAAGAUUUGAAGAAGAAGCUCAUUGAUGAGCUUAUGUCAAAUUAG